AUGACGCGCUAUCUGACACCGUGGAGGAUCUCUCUGCUGUGCCUGAUAACAGUUUACACCGAUGGACUCGUGCCCAACUCAUCCGCCAUCGAUGUGCUUUCUUUCCUGACCGCGGGCCUAUUCCCUUUAGAUCCCGCCGAUAAGCAAUGGGAGAAACACUACUUACCGCGCAUCACCGAGAUCGAAGAGGUCCUGUCGGGCCAUGAGUCGUCUGUACCGGGCCGAUCAUUGUGGGAUUUGUUUCUCAAGAAGAUCUGGUCACUGGACUCGCUGGAUGCACUUGAGGUAUUUUUCAAUGACGAGAUACCCUCGUUGCUCACAAAGACACGCGAGCAGUUGAUUCAGGACCGAGACCAUGGUCUUGCGCCGGAAAAUGAGGGGAUGCGGCUGUCGCGGAGCUCGCCGCUGGGUGCGUUUGUGCGCAGGGCGUAUCUGGAGUACACGCGGUUGCAAUUCCAUGAUUCGGUCACGCUGUGGACUGGGUUUGUGAAGUAUCGGCUACCUACGUACAAUAUGUGGGCGAGGAGGAAUGCCUCGGACAAGCAGGACCCCGUCGAUAUCAAUCUCAAUGUGCAUGGCUUCAAUUCCAGUGCAUACCUUUCGCAUGUCGUGUAUGGCAGUAUCGAGGACGAUGAAGAGGACGAGGGCGUGGUCAGUGUCAAGGAUGCUGAACGGCUGAUUGAGUUUCAGGUUGGGGAGCUGCAACGACUCGGCGGCAGAGUUCCCGAGGAGAUGAGAGCACAACUCAAGCGGAUCAUCACCUCCGAUUCAAACGCUCCAGUACUCAUGUACUAUCUGGAAUAUCUCGACGCCUGGAGGGCCGGCGACUACACAUCAGCAUUCGACAACCUCCACCGAUAUUUCGACUACACCAUGCACAGCAACUCCGACCGCAGCGCCUACCAAUUUUCGCUUCUGAACCUGGCCAUCAUCCAGGCGGACUUUGAAUGCUUCAGCGAAGCCAUUUCUGCCGUGCAAGAAGCCGUCGCAAUCGCUCGCGAGUCUCAUGAUAUGAACUGCCUCAAUUUCUGCAUGAGCUGGCUGUACCACUUUGGCAAGGCUUUCCCGGAGCAGAUGCGGGAGGUACAGAAUAGCGGGAUGCUGGGUAACGAGAAAGAGGGUCUUAUGUUUCUCAAGGCCAAGGCGAAGGAUGCCGAAAUGUGGUCGCUCAUGAGCACAACAAUCCUCAGCGAGGCGAAGCUGGAGAUGCAACAGGGAGAGAGCCUUGCCACAAUCGUCGAAUCAUUUGUUCGAGCAUCCCAUAUCAACGUCACCAAGGGCCUAUCGAAUCCCACCGGCGCAUACAUACUGCUUCAAAGCGCCAUGUAUGCACGGAUAGGCGCCACCCAUCUCGCGUGGCUGGACACAGAAGUCUUCCGCGAAUGUUACAUGGAGGGCCAUCCAUACGAGGAGUUUGUGAAGCUCACAUUCCGAAAUUGCCAAAUCCUGGCACAAAAGGGCAAUUACAAGGAAGCUUUUGCUCGCAUGAACAAGGUCGAGCCAGAACGGCUACGAGCCUUCAAAUACAACAACUCCUGGACCUACUAUUCCGGUCUCCUCCAACUACGACGACAAAUCAAUCGCGACGACAAGGUAGCCGUCGAACACAUCCUCGCCCAACUCCAAGCCAUCCAACUCCUCGACUUCGACAUGCGCCUCCUCCUCGCCUUCCACACCAUCGAAUUCACCCUCCGCCAAGGCGACACCGGCCGCGCCCUCCGCAUGGUCGAACAAGCCGCCAACACCAUGCAACCCGAAAACUUCGACGUCCACUCCCAAAUCAAACUCCUCUGCUUAAAAGCCCGCAUCCUCGAAAAAUCCGGCCAUCCCCAACGCGGCUUCUCCCUCGCCAUGCGCGCCGCAAGCAUCGCACACAGAUCAAAAGUCCUGUUCGACCUGUGGGAAGCCAUCUGCACUCUCGCAGCUGUCCUCCUAUCUCUACGCGAAUUCGAGGCCACCGCCGAACUAGUCGAGAGCAUUAUGCCGCAGAUCCUGGAGGCGGAGGAUUCUGCGCUGACGGCGCGGGCGUAUUCGCUGCUCGUUGAUGCGAAUAUGGGCAUUGCGGGGGAAUUGUCGACGUCGAAGCAGGGUGGGGAGCGUACGUUGGCGAGGAAGGAGUAUGUUAAUCGUGCGCUGGGGUAUAUUGAUUCCGCGUAUGAUGCGUACGAGGAGAUUGAGGAUAUUCUAGGCCAGACGGAGAUGAUGGCUAAGAAGGCUACUGUGAUGCAUUUGACGGGGGAUCCAGUCUUGGCUAAUGAUUAUGCGGCAAAGUAUUUGGACUUGAGGAAGCGGAGGGGUGCGGAGAUUUGA